AUGAAGUCGGGCCGGGCGGGCGGGCAGGCGGCGGGCGCGUGCGGCGGCCCCGGGCGCCCGGAGGAUGCGGCGCGCCGGCGCCUGGCGGCCAACGCGCGCGAGCGGCGGCGCAUGCAGGGGCUCAACUCCGCCUUCGACCGCCUGCGCCGGGUGGUGCCCCAGUGGGGCCAGGACAAGAAACUGUCCAAGUACGAGACGCUGCAGAUGGCGCUGAGCUACAUCGUGGCCCUCACCCACAUCCUGGCCGAGGCCGAGCGCGACUGGGUCGCGCGGCACCGCGACCGUCGCCUUCCGUGCGCCGAGGGCGAGCACUGCGGACAGAGGCUUUUCGGCGUCCAGCCCGAGCCCUUCCGGAUGGCCAGUUAG